AUGACCAUCGAGCAACUGUUCUCUGCUUUUGGCCUCUCUGGCAAAUAUGCGGUAGCGUCUGCUAUAUGUGCACCUCUAAUCGCUUAUCUCUGUUAUCUACUGAGUAUUUUGAUGUACAAUAUCUACUGGCAUCCACUCAGUAAAUUUCCUGGUCCUAUCCUGUGGGCUGCAACUCCCAUACCAUAUGUAUGGUAUCAGAUAACCGGAAGACUGCCUUUCAUUUAUGAGCGACUUCACGAUAAGUAUGGAGAUGUGGUUCGAGUACUGCCACACAAGCUUUCUUUCAGACAUCCUAAUGCAUGGAAAGACAUCUACCAAAACAAAUCCGGCCACAAAGCUAUGCCCAAAGACGCCCGCAGCCUCGCCCCCGGCGACGAAGGCGUCUACAACAUAAUCACCGCCUCCAACCCCUCCGACCACUUCCGCUACUCCCACAAACUGCACCACGCCCUCUCGUCCAAAGCCCUCUUCGACCAAGAGCCCUUCAUCACAACCUACGUCGAUCUCCUCAUCUUCCGCUUGAAAGCCCGCUGCACCAAGGGGCCUCAAGACAUAGUUAAAUGGGCGAACCUCAUCUAUUUCGACAUCAUCUCCGACCUCACAUUCGGGGAGUCGCUGAAUGGGCUGGAGAAUGAGGAGUACCAUCCGUGGUUGCGAGGAUUGUUUGGUAGUAAUAUGAAGAGUAUUACGUUUCAGAGGGCUAUGAGACAGUUUCCGCAUAUCUUUAAGUUCCUGAAUUUGUUCGCUCCGAAGGGAUUGGCUGAGCAGCAGAUCAAGCAUUCGAAAUUUGUGAGGGAGAUGGUGCAUCGAAGAAUGCAGGAUGAGAGUGGAAGGCCGGAUUUUAUGAGUUAUAUUUUGCCGUAUAGCGAGGAGCAUUCGUUGAUGACCAUGCCAGAAGUGCGUGCGACUUACGGGGCCUUAAUGCUAGCCGGAAGCGAAAAUGUAGCCACCACUCUAGUUUUCACCAUUUUCUACCUUCUUAAACAUCCCGCCGCUCUACAGAAAUUGAGCCUCGAAAUCCGCAGCAGACUUUUGACCCUCGAGGACAUUGAUUUUCUGGGAGUCAACAGUCUAAAAUAUCUUUCGGCGGUCAUCAAUGAGUCAAUGAGGCUCGCACCUGCAGCACCAACCUCGCAGCCUAGAGUGGUUACAAAUGGAGGAGCAAUAGUCGCGGGCUAUUGGGUACCGGGAGGGACAGUUGUUGGAGCACCACCUUACUGCACCAAUCGCCACUCCGGAUAUUUCAAAGACCCGAAUUCUUUCAUUCCCGAAAGGUGGCUCAAGAACACCGGCUAUGAAUCGGACAAGAAAUCCGCCUUCCACCCUUUCCAAACAGGGCCAAGAGCAUGCGCUGGCCAAUUACUGGCACUCACAGAAGUAAGGAUUGUUCUUGCAAGGAUUCUAUGGGAAUUCGAGAUUUCGUUUCGAGACGCAGACGGUGGGAAAUGGAGCGAUGACUUGGAAAUAUUUCAUUUGUGGCAAAUGAAACCCUUAUAUAUUAAUCUGACGGCAGUAGAAAGGAUCGAGGAGAAAGAGAAACGAAGCAAAUAA